CACAAAAAACAUGAAGGUGCUAUAUAUUCUACUGUUGGCAGAGUUAAGUUUUCAGCUUCAGUGUGACAAAACAAUGAUUCAAGCCACAAUUGGAAGCUCAUUCACUAUUGUCUGCACCUACAAAUCAAACCAGUUCAGCUAUAGUAAGAAGUACUGGUGUUCUGGACACUCAAGAGACACAUGCGAGGUUCUGAUGCACACUGAUGGAUUCACUCAUGCUGGGUACAGACAACGAGCCAAUAUCAUUGAUAGAUUUUCUAAAGGCUUGAUUGUUUUUAUAAAAGAUCUUCAGUUGGACGACACUGGAAACUACUGGGUUGGUAUUGACAAAAUCUAUGCUGAUAUAAUGCUCAGGAUCCAAGUUACAGUAACAAAAGCUCUCACAAGCUAUGACUGCAUUAGAAGCACAACGCCUCCCUCGACAACCAUCAAAACAACAGAGAAAUUCUGGAGCUCUGCUAGACAUCAGACAUUGUAUAUUAAUCAGACCUGGAAAGAAAGCUAUUUUCCAUGGCUAUGUCUAAUUGUGCAGUGCAUGACUGAUGCAGCAUGUCUUGUAUGUCUGAUUGUGAAGCAGUAUCACAGUAUGUCUGUGUAUGUUCUAGCAGCAGCAAGUCUUCAUACUUGCUCUGCAGCAGUAGCAGUAGCAGUGUACCAGAUCUAG